AUGGCUAAAACAUUCAAGGGCAGCCAUGCAGCAGGCAUCUUUGCAGACAUGUCAGUUGAUGGUCCCCAGAUUGGUACUCUGGUGGCCAUCGUUGAUAGAGCGAAGAAUUUGCCUAAUCGGAGCAAAAUGAGCAAACAAAAUCCAUAUUGCGCAGCAAGACUGGGUAAGGAAGCAAAGAAAACACCAACAGAUUUACGUGGUGGACAAACACCCAGAUGGGAUCACGAACUUCGAUUCACAGUGCACGAAUCUCCCGAUUACUACAAACUCAAGGUGUCAGUCUUCAAUGACGACAAAAAGACUGACCUGAUUGGAGAGACUUGGAUUGAUUUGACCAACCUGAUCAUCCCAGGAGGUAGUCAGGACGACCACUGGCACCCAUUGCAGUCAAAGGGCAAAUAUUCCGGCGAGGUUCGAAUUGAGAUGACGUAUUACGAUACUCGACAACAAGAUGAGGCAGUUAUUGGGAAACGAAGAGAAGCGGCAGACAGAGUCCAUGGUAAACCAAUAACACCAACUGCCAGCACAUCGAGCUCUGGUCUGUCAGGUCCCAGGCAAUUGAAUGCCGUCAAGCGACGGCCCUUGCCAGCCAGUCUACCAACAGCACCUCCUCAGCACAUCCUCCCAGAGCAACCACAAGUUUCUGCUCCAUUACAUCACCCAACACCUUCACGAUCCAUCCGCGAUCAGGUUCAAAACAUGCCUGUGAUGACAAUGCCUGUGGCGCCAGAACCCGUCCAGCCAUAUCUGCCAAGACACCAUUCGGAGCCUACCUAUGAUCCACACUAUAACGUCCAGCCUCAGCCUCAAUCUCAACCUCGAGCAUAUGAAACUCAUGAAAGUUAUCAACGCGAAUAUGAACCCCCAGCUCCUGCCCUCCCUCCAGCUGGUUCUAUGAGGCGAAACACCCAUGAAACAGUAGCCUACGCCAAUUAUGAGAACCCAGAACCCGCAUAUGAUCCGCGUCCAUUGCAGCCACGCAGUCAUUCUGAUUAUGAUUAUGAUCAACCUCAUCCACGCGAGUACCGGCCAGCUCCUGCGCCAGCGCCAGUGCCAGCGCCUCAUGAGCCUUCUUAUGAGAUGGAGAGGCGUGGGAGGGCGCCGUACAAGCAAAGCCAACAAGACGAAGAAAUCUACAGUCCACUUUCACCCCAAUAUACAGCACCUCCGAUGUCUUUCGGGCCGGUGUCAACAUUUACUCCACGUCAAUCGGCGUAUAUGGAUGAACCAGCACCCCUGGCUUUCUCACGUCCAAGCUCCUCCUCGGGGCCAGCGGACGAACCUCGUUACCAACCCCAUGACAUGAGAGCUUUACAAACAAUGCAUCAUGAUCCCCGUGACGUCUAUCAUCCAGAAUACGCCACAAUGCAGCCGCGCGUGGAAGAUGAAGACGAAGAUGGCCCUCCUCCUCCGCCCCCUGCUCAUCGAUCUCAAAUGGCACAACCCCGGAUGGAGCCCAGGGGAGAACCCAGGAUGGACUCUCGGAUGGAGCCUAGGAGGGAGUCUAGAGUAGACCCUCGGAUGGUACAGCCCACCCAACCUCCUCCACCGCCAGUCAAAGAGCUACCAUCACCGUAUCAGCCCUAUUCUCCCGGUCACAGCAAUGUCUCCUCCAUGCCCACUAGUCUCGUUCCCGGGUAUGAACCUGAGGAGUUGCCCAACUUCAAUGACCGAAAUGGCCGGAGACGGAGUGCUCAUUUUGAUGAUGAGAUGAUGCUUUCCCAGGCGCCGGGACCUGGAGCUCUCGUGCCUGUAUCCAAGUCGGCGCAACCACCACCAGCGACUUACGAACCUUCCGUAUAUUCUAUGCGUACAUCACCACGCCCUAUCGAUGAAAGGCCAACUUCCAGUCGCGGACCAUCAGCCAGUCCCGACAAUCGCAUGAUAGUACGGAAAUCGGUUAGUCCUCGACCUUCAAUAUCGAGUGGUCGUGAGCGCGGAUCUUCAAUCCCAUUUUCGCCUGACUCCUACAACUCGUUCAAUCCUCAUGCUUCGCGCUCAGCCACAAACAGAGAUCCUACACCUGCAUACGACUCACCAGGCCAGGCCAGGGAUGCUGCAAUCCGUGCAGAGAUUGAGCCCAGCCGAGACUUGGCGCCUAUUAUUGGUGAUGAUGGUCGUGAGAUCGAUCCUUCAGAUCAUCUUCCCACAGACACAUGGGCACCUGAACCCGAACGAAAGAACCGCAGCAAACCAGAGGUGAUUAUUCGCUUCAAGCAUAACCCUCGGCCCACUUCCCGAGGCAAUGAUGCAUCUUCUCGCAGUUCUGGUCCACCGCGUGUAGGCUUCAGAACAGAAACGACUAGCUCGUACAGCUCAGACCGAAAGAGGUUACCACCAAGCUAUGGCCAACCUAGUCCGGACCCUGGCACCCCGCCGCGCGGUUAUGAUAGCUAUGGUGGUUACACACAGCCUCGGGGUUACAAUACACCAACGUCAACCGAUCGUCCUCGCUCUUCUCGUGGCUCUGUUUCACCGUCUCCUGGCUCUCGCUCCCCGUUGUAUGACUAUAACCCAAGUCCACCGAUUCCGUCCAAGGUCCCUAUCUCACAGGCCUCUCCAAGUUAUCCUGUUGUGGCUGCUAAUCCUAGCACCGGAAAUCCUGGUAUGGAUGCGUUGAGUCGGGAGCUCAAGACCAUCGACAUCGGCUCUGCUAGCUGCAGCCCAAGUCGUGCUGUUCGGAGAUAUGUUCCUCCCCGUUCAUCAGCAAGUAUGGGAUAUGCGAGCUGA